AUGAAAUCCGCAGCCCAGUCCUCAUCGGCUCUUUCUUUAAGGCAAAUGCCUCAGCAGCAGCUCCUGCGCGAACCUGAAGACGAUUGGACGGGUGUUAUCGACCAACAAAAACGGCGACGGCUGCAGAACCGCCUGAAUCAAAGGAAGUACCGACUGAAACUGAAGGUUAAUGACGGACGGUCAUCGUCACAUAAUGUCUCCGAGCCUUCUUCUCACCCGUCCGUUUCGGAAGUCUACCCCAAUGAUACAGGCUUCGUCACCACAUUUCCUCUGACUAACGCCGCGGAACAUGAGGAGGACGACUUGAACUGCACCCUAGCUCCUCCAGGGGCAUUGCGCUUCCGCCGGGAUUUUGAGACAGCUGCACACCAGAGCUUCUUGCGUGGCUUUCCCCGUAUCGAACACCUGAUCAGCCUCCGCCGGCUAAACGUCCACCGUGCUAUCAAUGAUAAUAUACGCGCAAUCGGUAUGACACCCGACUGGCUGCGGCCAGAUGAAGCCAUUUCCAUCUUCAAUAUGUCUUCCGUAGACCACAAUGAAGAUCAAAUUCCUUCAAGUCUGCGUCCAACAGCCAUCCAACGUGCUGUGCCGCAUCACCCCUGGCUAGACUUCUUCCCGUUCCCUGGCAUGCGUGACCUGAUGAUUAUCGCUGGUGAUAGGCUAGACGAGGACGAGCUAUGUCGUGAUCUCAUGGCGUUUUGGGAUACGCACAACACGGGAGCUACUCUUCUAGUCUGGGGUCAGCCAUGGAACCCUAAGAAUUGGGAAGCUACAGAGGGUUUUGUAAAGAAAUGGCAUUGGCUAAUGGCUCGAUCGCCUGAACUGCUGGAAUCAACGAACUUCUGGAGAGUGAAGAGGGGUGACAGAGUGCUGAAAUGGCGAUUAUUGAUAAACUCGCAUUGA